GAGGGGAUGAUGAGUGAGAAUGUGGAAGAGAAUCCUCAGCAGGAAGAUCCUGAAACUCAUGUUACAUUAUUGGGAAGAUCUGAAGGGACUGUGUCCUGGAGUCCAGAGCAUGGAAAAGCUGUCCUCCACUAUAGAAAAUGAUCACCAGCGACAGUUAAUUUCCUUUCAUUGGAAUCAGCCCGAUGAACCUUCUAAGGAUGCGUAUAAAUGAUGUGCACACGGCUGGUGAUGCCUUUCUCCAAAUAGAGGUGCAGGGACUGACUCAUGUCUGGAUUGUCAUUCUGUCACAUCAGGUGAUGGGAUGGUGACUGAGAACAAGGAGGUGAAUCCUCAGCAGCGAGGUCUGAGCAAAUGGAAGCACAGAGAACACUAUCGGGAAGAUCUGAAGGGGAAGUUUCCUGGAGUCCUGAGCAGGGAGAAGCCUGUGAAAAUCAGCACAGGCCAGAAGGGCAGCAUGAAAACUCCACUGGGGAGAGAUUGGAUAAACCCACUCACCAAGAGGGAGAUUUGAAAGACCUUCCUGAAGACAUGAUCCAGCCAGGAAUCUGCACUAAAGGGAAACUGUAUGAAUGUGCUGAGUGCGGGAGAAGCUUUGAUCGGAGAUCACAUCUCAUUGUGCAUCAUAAAAUCCACACAGGAGAGAGAUCCUAUAGCUGUCCUGAAUGCGGGAAAACCUUCAGUAACGUCUCAUCCCUGAUUAUUCAUCGGAGAGUCCACACAGGAGAGAGACCCUAUAACUGCCCAGAGUGUGGGAAAUCCUUCCCUCGGAGCUCCACCCUUGUUGUACAUCAGAGAGUGCACACAGAAGAGAAACCCUAUAAAUGCCCCGACUGCGGAAAAAGCUUCAAGCGGAGCUCAACCCUUAUUUCACACCAGAAAAUCCACACAGGAGAGAGACCUUAUAACUGCCUGGAAUGUGGGAAAAGUUUCAAUAAAGGCUCAAACCUAAUUAUGCAUCAGAGAAUCCACACAGGAGAGAGACCCUAUAACUGCCUUGAGUGCAGGAAAAGUUUCACUCGGCACUCACACCUCAUUAGACAUCAGAGAAUGCACACUGGAAAGAUACCCUAUAGGUGCCCUGACUGUGGAAAAAACUUUAGUGACAGCUCAGCUGUUAUUAGACAUCAGAGGAUCCAUACUGGAGAGAGACCCUAUAAAUGCCUUGAGUGUGGGAAAAGCUUCACGCAGAGCUCAGACCUUAUGAAUCAUCAGAUAAUCCACAUGGGAGAAAAACCCUAUUACUGCCCAGAGUGUGGGAAGGGGUUCAGUCGGAAGACUCAUGUUAUUUCACACCAGAAAAUGCACAGGCCAGAGAGAUCCUUUAACUGCCUCGAGUGUGGGAAAAACUUCUGUAGCAGCUCUGACCUCAUUAGUCAUCAGAAAACCCACACUAGAAAGACACCAUAUAAAUGUUCUGUUUGUCGAAAAAGCUUCAAGCAGAGGUCAGAACUUAUUUCACAUCAGAGAGCUCACACAACAAAGAGAAACUAUAAAUGUUCUGUCUGUGGGAAAAGCUACAAGGUGAAGGUGUCUCUAAUGUCCCACCAGAAACUCCACACAGGCUACUCUUUCUGUCAUGGGGAGUGUAUUACUGGAAGGGAAGGGAAGGACGGUAGCUGGAAUCUCUUAUCCCUGUUUUCAGCUCUGCAGAGUAGACAUGGCCGCAACAAAACAGCAACCAGAUCUUCUGUCCAGAGGGGGGAAGGAGAAGCAAGGGGGGAGAGAAGUUACAGGCUCCUAAACCUGCCCAGGAUUUCCCAUUCCCAAACUUGUUGUGAUCUCCCAGGGAAGAGACAUGGGUCCAAGAUCUCCAGGACUCUGAGGAAAGGGAGAUCCAGAGAAAGCCACACAGUGCAGGGACUGACUCCUGUCUGGAUUGUCUCUGUCACAUCAGGUGAUGGGAUGGUGAGUGAGAACAAGGAGGAGCAUCCUCAGCAGGGAGGUCCUGGUCAAAUGGAAGCACAGAGAACACUAUCGGGAAGAUCUGAAGGGGAUGUGUCCUGGAGUCCUGAGGAGGGAGAAGCCUGCGAAAAUCAGCAUAGGCCAGAGGUGCAGCAGGGAACCUCCUCAGGGGAGAGACAACAGGGUGAACCCACUGACCAGGGGGUUGGUUUGAAGGACCUUCCUGAAAACAUGAUCCAGCCAGGAAUCUGCACUAAAGGGAAACUGUAUGAAUGUGCUGAUUGCGAAAAAAUCUUCAGUAAUGACUCAUCCCUGAUUGUUCAUCGGAGAGUCCACACAGGAGAGAGACCCUAUAACUGCCCAGAGUGUGGGAAAUCCUUCCCUCGGAGCUCCACCCUUGUUGUACAUCAGAGAAUGCACACAGAAGAGAAACCCUAUAAAUGCCCCGACUGCGGGAAAAGCUUCAAGCGGAGCUCAACCCUUAUUUCACACCAGAAAAUCCACACAGGAGAGAGACCUUAUAACUGCCUUGAGUGUGGGAAAAGUUUCAAUCAAGGCUCAAACCUAAUUAAGCAUCAGAGAAUCCACACGGGGGAGAGACCCUAUAACUGCCUUGAGUGUGGGAAAAGUUUCACUCGGCACUCGCAUCUCAUUAGACAUCAGAGAAUGCACACUGGAAAGAUACCCUAUAGGUGCCCUGACUGUGGAAAAAACUUUAGUGACAGCUCAGCUGUUAUUAGACAUCAGAGGAUCCAUACUGGAGAGAGACCCUAUAAAUGCCUUGAGUGUGGGAAAAGCUUCAAGCAGAGCUCAGACCUUAUGAAUCAUCAGAGAAGCCACACGGGAGAAAAACCCUAUUACUGCCCUGAGUGUGGGAAGGGGUUCAGUCGGAAGGCUCACGUUAUUUCGCACCAGAAAAUGCACAGGCCAGAGACAUCCUUUAACUGCCUCGAGUGUGGGAAAAACUUCACUAGGAGCUCUGACCUCAUUAGACAUCAGAAAACCCACACUAGGAAGACACCAUAUAAAUGUUCUGUCUGUCAAAAAAGCUUCAAGCAGAGGUUAGAACUUAUUUCACAUCAGAGAGCUCACACAACAAAGAGAAACUAUAAAUGUUCUGUCUGUGGGAAAAGCUACAAGGUGAAGGUCUCUCUAAUGUCCCAUCAGAAACUCCAUACAGGCUAUGCAGGGACUGACUCCUGUCUGAAUUGUCUCUCUGUCACAUCAGGUGAUGGGAUGGUGAGUGAGAACAAGGAGGAGCAUCCUCAGCAGGGAGGUCCUGGUCAAAUGGAAGCACAGAGAACACUAUCGGGAAGAUCUGAAGGGGAUGUGUCCUGGAGUCCUGAGGAGGGAGAAGCCUGCGGAAAUCAGCACAGGCCAGAGGUGCAGCAGGGAACCUCCUCAGGGGAGAGACAACAGGGUGAAUCCACUGACCAGGGGGUUGGUUUGAAGGACCUUCCUGAAGACAUGAUCCAGCCAGGAAUCUGCACUAAAGGGAAACUAUAUGAAUGUGCUGAGUGCGGAAAAAUCUUCAGUAAUGACUCAUCCCUGAUUGUUCAUCGGAGAGUCCACACAGGAGAGAGACCCUAUAACUGCUCAGAGUGUGGGAAAUCCUUCACUCGGAGCUCCACCCUUGUUGUGCAUCAGAGAGUGCACACAGAAGAGAAACCCUAUAAAUGCCCCGACUGCGGGAAAAGCUUCAAGCGGAGCUCAACCCUUAUUUCACACCAGAAAAUCCACACAGGAGAGAGACCUUAUAACUGCCUUGAAUGUGGGAAAGGCUUCAGUGAACGCUCAAACCUAAACAAACAUCAGAGAAUCCACACAGGAGAGAAACCCUAUAACUGCCUUGAGUGCGGGAAAAGUUUCACUUGGAGUUCACACCUCAUUAAACAUCAGAGAAUGCACACUGGAAAGAUGCCCUAUAAUUGCCCUGACUGUGGGAAAGGCUUCAGUGACAGCUCAGCUGUUAUUAGACAUCAGAGGAUCCAUACUGGAGAGAGACCCUAUAAAUGCCUCGAAUGUGGGAAAAGCUUCAAGCAGAGCUCAAACCUUAUGAAUCAUCAGAUAAUCCACACAGGAGAAAAACCCUAUUACUGCCCUGAAUGUGGGAAGGGGUUCAGUCGGAAGGCUCACGUCAUUUCACACCGGAAAAUACACAGGGUUGAGAGAUCUUUUAACUGCCUUGAGUGUGGGGAAAACUUCUCUAGCAGCUCUGACCUCAUUAAACAUCAGAAAACCCACACUGGAAAGAUAUCAUAUAAAUGUUCUGUCUGUCGAAAAAGCUUCAAGCAGAGGUCAGAACUUAUUUCACAUCAGAGAGCUCACAGAAAGAGAAACUAUAAAUGUUCUGUCUGUGGGAAAAGCUACAAGGGGAAGGUCUCUCUAAUGUCCCAUCAGAAACUCCACACAGGCUAGCAGGUGGCAGGAACUCUCAGUAUGGGGCAAUGGGUCUGUGCCCUCAUGAAGCAAAGAGUGAAUGUCCUUCAUUGGUGGAGGGUCCGUGUAGGGGCAGCAAGUGGAUGAAGGGUUCUGGUUUCAAUGGGGGAUAGUUGGCAGUGGCAGAGAAGGAGGAAGCACUAGGGAGCUGUGUGAUUUCAGGGUCUGAGGGGAGCAGGUGAUGGGAUUAGUGGAGGACAUUUCUGUGGGUUCUACAUGCCCUUUCCAGUUUAGAAGAGAGGUAAAAAUGCCCCAUUGCAGUUUGUCUGAGUUGUCUCUGCAGCUCCUAGGGCAUCUCGGGAUAGGGACAGGGGAAUGUUAUUCAGGGAAGUAGCAAGGGGCCCUCUGGGGCUGUAGUUACAAGGCAGUAACAGCUGCCGAUCUGAACUAACAGGAUGUCGGAGCACUGCUCAGUGUAUUGGACAUCUAUGCAGUCGUGAGUGAUGGGGGCAGCUGGAGAUUGGGGAAUUCAUGGUGGAGAUUCCCCAGAGAGGUGGGAACUCUGGGGGAUGCCCUUUUAGGAGUGUGGUCUAGUGGUUAGAGGAGACAGUGGGGGAAAUGAGUUAGGACUCCUGGGUGUGAACUAGUGCCAGUCACUUCCUGUCCCCUCUCUGUGUCCAUUUCUCCCAUCUCUACAGUGGAGAUAAUAGUGGAGAUAAUAGUGUGCAACUCCUUGGAGCGUUGUGAGGGGCCGGUAAUUACUGUGUGUUCUGUAGCUCAGGAGAAUGCAAGUACUUGGGAGGGAAAACAUCAUUAUUUUUAUUAUUGUUAUUACUGUGUUUUCAUAGAAUCACAGAAAUGCAGGGUUGGAUCAUAGAUGCUGUAACUAGGGGUGCUGCCAAACUCCCUGGCUUGAGGCGGUUUCUAUUAUAUACAAGGUUUAUAGUUUAGUUCAAUGGCUUGCAGCACCCCCUCUAUACAAAUUGUUCCAGCACCCCUGGGUU